CGGCAGCCCAGCGGGCGGGGGGCGGCAGCCGGCGGAGCGAGGGGCCGGGCCGGCCGCCGAACCAGCCGAGCGGGCCUGACACCGGCGUCGAGAACCGCCCCCUCAAGCUCUUCGUCCGCACUCGCAGCCAUCGCCGGCCGAUGCGGCCGUGGAGAGGCGGUGGAGCGCGCGCGCUCCGAGGACGCGCUUUCCCACCCGCCCCCAAACCGUCCUCACUGAGAAAGGGGAACGGGGGGCGGGAGGGGGCGAGGUUUGUUCCCAACUCGAAUCGGCGAGAUUGGUCCUGCCGUGGUCCGCCCUCCCGGGCUCACGUUCCCUCCUCGGGCCCUGCUCGUCUGCACCGAAUCCUGACGAGCCCACCGAGCCUCUCGGGCGCACGUCCUGUCUGCGUAGCAGCCGCCAGCCCAGCCUUCCCGACGGCCGCCGCCUGGGGUCCGCUCUUCCUGGUCUCUCCCUCUGGGAGGCCAAGAUUUGGGGACAGAGAUCAUUAAUAUCGAGGAGGCCCUUAUCCGCGUACGGAGGGCAGACCGUGCCUCUGUAUAUCGAGAGGCAAGUCUGAAACGUCCUAAACUCUGUGGCUUCAGCGGAUUUAGGGUUUGGGCGGCGUAGACGUAGCCGGCCCUGCGCCGGGAAGCCGGUGUCAACCUUGGGCGACUUACUGACAAAACUUCCUUCGAGCGAGCGUUCGUGAUGAAACGGGCACUCAGAGUCCUUUAAGAGAUGCCUCAUGACCUAGGGUGAUAACUCCUGGAGCCAGACUGCCUGGAUUGGUUUCUAGUUCCACUGCCUAUGUGAUCUCCUGAAGUAACUUAAACUUCUCUCUGUGUUAUUAAUGUGCUCAACUGUAAAAGUGAGGCUAAAAGGUUACCUACUUCACUGAGUUGUCAUAAGAAGUAAAUGAGUUAGUGUAUAUCCACAUCAGCCAGAAAAGCAUAACUUACACAAGGAGCAACAAUAAGCUGUUUCCAGAUUGCAGCACUUUUUAGUUUUGGCUUCAUCCUAACACAAUGAAACAGUGGAAAGAAAGAAAGAAAAAGAAAAAAAAGAAAAUCAACGGAGAGUGACACUGGAAUUAUUAGGAUAAUCUCUAAUACACAAGUUCCCAUCUUUUUGCUUAUGCCUCAGAACUUUUCUGGACAACUGGGGCAGACGAGUUAGACACUGGCUUGCUUCGUAAGUAAAUGCACCUGUGAGAUAUGCUGCUCUCGGGACCCACGGUGCUGCUGCUGCUCACUGCACUCGUCGGCCCCUCUGACUCGAUACCCCUAGAGGUUAAUGGUCAAGGAGGAGAUAAUGUAACUCAAGUGACUCAAGUGACUCAGGAAACAUUCACAGAAGAUCCUAAUCUGGUGAACGACCCCGCUACAGAUGAAACAGUACUGGCUGAUAUCGAUCCUUCCACAGAUGACCUGGCCUCGCCCAAUGAUAAAAACACCACCGCAGAGUGCCGGGAUGAGAAAUUUGCUUGCACAAGACUCUACUCUGUGCAUCGGCCAGUCAAGCAAUGUGUUCAUCAGCUGUGCUUCACCAGUUUACGACGUAUGUACAUUAUCAACAAUGAGAUCUGCUCCCGUCUUGUCUGUAAGGAGCAUGAAGUUAUGAAAGAUGAACUCUGCCGUCAGAUGGCCGGUCUGCCUCCAAGGCGACUCCGUCGUUCCAACUACUUCAGACUUCCUCCCUGUGAAAUGAAUUUGCAGAGACCCAAUGGUCUGUGAUCAAAGAAGAGGAAAGACGAAAGAAAGUGUGGGCGGUGAAAGGAAAGAGGAGCAAUUCUUGUCCAGCUAGUGUCAGCGACCCCAGAGACAUUAGUAUUUCUGAAACCAAUCCCUUUGCAUUGUCCUGCUUUCGCCCCUUCACCCAGGCUGAUAACAUUUAUCUCAUUUUUCAAUGCUACUUAAAAUACAAAGUCUAUACUAUUGCAUGGUUUUGAGGCUUCCCAAUAUCAUAGACAUAGUGGAUAAAUGAUGACCAUGUGGCUUCACACUUGAUCUUAGCCAAAAGCUGAGAAGCAAUGACCAUAUGGCUUAUAUGCAAACAUUUCUACACACGAUUUCAGGGGAAAAUAAACUUUCAGUUAAUAAUCUUUACUGUUGAAUCUGUCUGAUGUAGAGCUUAGGGUGAAAAAAGCUAAACUGUCCAUUUUGGCUAGCCGUAGAAGUCCAUUUAUUUUCCUUUCAAGAGUUUCCGAUAUUAACUGCGCAUCAUUUAAAUGUUCUGCUUUACUUUUUUUUUUUAAAAGAUGACAGGUAAGGGGAUCUUAACCCUUGACUUGGUGAUGUCAGCACCACGCUCUCCCAAGUGAGCUAACCGGCCAUCCCUAUAUAGGGAUCCGAACCUGCGGCCUUGGUGUUAUCAGUACCACAUUCCCUCAAGUGAGCCACGGGCCGGCCCUUGCUCUGCUUUACUCUCAUUUUCACUAUUUUGCUGGAUUGUCCUAAAAAUUUUCCUGGCAGGUCUUCUUUAUGAGAAGGGUUAUGGUAAUUUUUGUAGUCCUAGAAGAUUCUCCAACAGAGUGAAGAAUUAUACAAUCCUACUAGCAAUAAAAAAAAAAAAAAGAUUCAAAAUGUUGUCUUCUGCUAAACUCAGAGGCUGGGGCUAAAGAGAGGGGACUGAUUAUGCCAGGUUGAGAAGCUGGACUCAUAACUCCCUGUCCAGUUUUUCAUGCAGCCAUCCAGGCAGGAAGUAG